GAGGUGAUCGACAAUACGCUGAACCCUGACUUCGUGCGCAAAUUCGUCCUUGACUAUUUCUUUGAAGAAAAGCAAAAUCUGCGCUUCGAUGUGUGAGCCGCGCCCAGAAUUCUGGCUUGGACCGCCCCCGACCUGGAUCCUCUUGAAAUUCUGGCUGGCCCAGCCCCCGCCCCCACCUGGCCUCCUGGGCAGGCUCCUCCCCCAGGCCCAGUUUGGUCCCACUCUAAAGAGCUCCACUCUAGUGUUAGCUCCGCCCCCAAGUCCAACUUGGCCCUGCCUAGUUCUGCCCACAACUGUGUUAUUUAGCUCCGCCUCCGUCUAAGUCCCGCCCACCAUAUUUCCCCGCCCCCCCCCAGCAUGCCCUAGACUUGGCCUCGCCCUCUCUGACCCUCUCUGACCCUGACUCCCGUCCCACAGGAGACCCAGGUUGAAUUCGGGCCCAAGCCACCCCCCUUUGCCAACCCACAAUUUUAACUAGGACUCGAAACCCGAACGCUUUUCCAGGCUGUCUCCCACCAGCCCCGCCCCACGCUGCUUCCACUCUUUUCAGAAGGAUUUCCUGGGACAAGCGUUCCUGGCCCUGGGAGAGGUGAUCGGAGGUCAGGGCAGCCGCGUAGAACGAUCCCUCACGGGUGUACCAGGCAAGAAGUGUGGGACCAUAUUGCUGACCGCAGAGGAGCUUAGCAAUUGUCGGGACAUUGCUACCAUGCAGCUGUGUGCAAACAAGCUGGACAAGAAGGACUUCUUUGGGAAAUCAGACCCCUUUCUUGUGUUCUAUAGGAGCAAUGAGGAUGGCACGUUCACCAUCUGCCACAAGACAGAGGUUGUGAAAAAUACACUGAACCCAGUGUGGCAGCCCUUCAGCAUCCCUGUGCGGGCACUGUGCAAUGGAGACUAUGAUAGAACAGUGAAGAUUGAUGUAUACGACUGGGACCGGGAUGGAAGCCAUGACUUCAUUGGAGAGUUCACCACCAGCUACCGGGAGCUGAGCAAGGCCCAGAACCAGUUCACAGUGUAUGAGGUACUUAACCCUCGGAAGAAAUGUAAGAAGAAGAAAUACGUCAACUCGGGAACUGUGACGCUGCUCUCCUUUUCUGUGGACUCUGAAUUCACUUUUGUGGAUUACAUCAAGGGAGGGACACAGCUGAACUUCACAGUAGCCAUUGACUUCACAGCUUCCAAUGGGAACCCCCUGCAGCCCACCUCCCUCCACUACAUGAGUCCCUACCAGCUCAGCGCCUAUGCCAUGGCCCUCAAGGCAGUAGGAGAAAUCAUCCAGGACUAUGACAGUGACAAGCUCUUCCCGGCCUACGGCUUUGGGGCCAAGCUGCCCCCAGAGGGACGGAUCUCCCAUCAGUUCCCCCUGAACAACAAUGAUGAGGACCCCAACUGUGUGGGCAUUGAAGGCGUCCUGGAGAGCUACUUCCAGAGCUUGCGCACAGUGCAGCUCUAUGGGCCCACCUACUUUGCUCCUGUCAUCAACCAGGUAGCCAGGGCUGCAGCAAAGAUCUCUGAUGGUUCCCAGUACUAUGUUCUGCUUAUCAUCACCGAUGGGGUCAUCUCUGACAUGACACAGACUAAGGAGGCCAUUGUCAGUGCCUCCUCACUGCCCAUGUCUAUCAUUAUUGUUGGUGUGGGACCAGCCAUGUUUGAGGCAAUGGAAGAAUUGGAUGGUGAUGAUGUUCGCGUAUCCUCGAGAGGACGCUACGCAGAGCGGGACAUCGUUCAGUUUGUCCCAUUCCGAGACUAUGUCGACCGAUCAGGGAACCAGGUGCUGAGCAUGGCUCGACUAGCCAAGGACGUGCUGGCAGAGAUCCCGGAGCAGCUGCUGUCCUAUAUGCGCACCAGGGACAUCCAGCCUCGACCCCCUGCCAACUCCAGCCCGACCCCAGCUCCUGAGCAGCCCUGAGGAGUCUACUUAUCCAAUGCCUAACAAUCUGCCCACAUGCCCACCCACUGCUUCUGCUGAAAGCCAGAGGCAUCUGGAGCCCUGGAACUCAUUGGGAGGCCAGCUUGGAGGAUCAGUGCUGACUGGUCAAGCCCUGUGCCCCUUCACCCACAGAAGGGCCUGGCACUCUCAACACCUCCCUGCCUUCAUGCCAAUAAUAAAGCUGAUCUUUACUCCA